AAUACGAAAGUUCUCUGUCUGUCAGAUCCCCCAAGAGUUUCCCCCUUCAUUCGGUUUCCCUGCCAUGGACGCUGUCUCUGCUACUUCCAUCGCCAUCUCCAAGAGAGCCUAUGGAGAAGAAGACAACAAAUGGCGAGCCUACUACGCCGAUGAGUACCCUCAUCAGCUGUGGUGGCUGGUGUCAUGCUUCAUCGCAUUCGUCGCCGUUUGUCAAUUGACGUCGUUCGUCGUUGGGAAAUACCAGGUUCGCUCCAAAAAUGCACCGCUCACGACGGAGAGCAACAAGAUCCAGCUUAGUAGGUUGCCAUUAGCCUUGGUCAACUACUGGCGCGUCCUUUCAUUCCGUGUUCACAUUGGCGUUGGGUCAUAUACGUUGAACCUGGCCGAGGUUUUCCUCACCUGCGCUUAUAUCGUCGCGCUUUUCACUUGGGAGUUCAUUAACAGCACAACCGUUGCUGGUGCCAAGUUCAGUGCCACCUACCUUGCCGGCCGGGCCGGGAGUCUUGCUACAUCCCAAUUUCCACUGGUGACUGCGCUUGGAACGAAGAAUAAUAUUGUAUCAUUAAUCACGGGUGUCAGUUAUGACAAACUCAACUAUAUCCAUCGCAUGGCGGCCAGGGUUUGCUUCAUAAUGCUUUGGAUUCACGGCGGGUACAAGUUUCAGCGUGUGGAGGGCAAGUACGAACUCCUCUGGGUCCGAAUGGCGUUGGUGGCCAUCUCCGCUUUCUCUCUUUUGAUCUUGGUGUCUUUGCGGCCUGUUAGGGCAGGAGCAUAUGAGUUUUUCUUUUACGCCCAUUUCCUUAUGGUCUUGAUCUUUCUCAUCGGAGGGUACUACCAUAGCAAGAAUUUCGAAUUCGACUCCUACGUAUGGCCCUCCUUUAUUAUAUGGGGCCUUGAUCGCGUCAUACGAAUGCUCCGUGUUGUUGUUUUCAAUCAUUCCUACUUUGGGUUCAAGGCUGGACAUGGUACUUUCGAUGCUAGCGUGGAACGUCUAUCCGAGCACUUUGUUCGCUUGACUCUGAAGCGGCCCCCUCACUUCCACUGGCGUCCGGGCCAAACCGCCUACCUUAUCACGCCAGGAGUUUCUCGCUUGCCAUUCGAAGCCCAUCCUUUCACGAUUGCUAGCUAUGAUUCCAGUUACGACUCCACCGAGAAAUCUACCGAUGUUGAGAAGGGGUCUGAUUCCGUACUUGCUAAAUCGUCGUCUAAAUCUUUUACCCCUGGAGGAGAGAAAUACUGGAAGGAGCUAGUGUUCCUGGUGAACGUUAGGGAGGGCUUCACCCAUCGAUUGGCCACUAUCGGAACGGAUAAAGGGACCGUAAAGGUCUUUGUUGACGGACCGUAUGGUCCUUCGCCGGAUCUCAGCUCAUUCAAUACCUCUGUUUUCGUCGCCGGUGGUACUGGAGUCUCGUACACGCUUCCGUUGCUACUGGACACCAUAGAGCGUGUCCGCGAUGGAAAGAGCAUAUGCACCAAAGCGGUGUUUAUCUGGGCAAUCAGAGAUACGACCCAUGUGUGCUGGAUAUCAAAUGCAAUUUCUAACGCGUUACUUCGGGUACCUCCAUCAAUGAAUGUGGACAUACGCAUCUACGUCACUGGCGGUUCUCCCGAGUCUGUUCAAUGGGAUACUACAUCUGUUGAUUCCGACACUGCGUCACGUAAUGGGCCACCGUCAUUCCUUGGUCUUGACUCGGUGAACGUAUAUCAGGGGCGUCCAGAUAUCUCGCAACUGCUACCCGAACAAGCAGAGGCGACCAGGGGCGGUCGUAUGUCUGUUACGGUGUGCGGUUCGAGGGCCGUUGCCCAAUCAUGCAGAUCGGCUCUUCAGUUCCCGCUACGAAAUGCAGCUACCGUUCUGAGAGGCGGUGCAAGUGUAACGCUGCAUGUGGAGUCCUUUGGUUAUGCUUAGAGACCACGUUGGAUUCAUUUUCUUAUCGAUAGAUUGUAUAUCUAGUUAUAGACGACUGGCAUGUCUUUUGUAUCUUGAUUCUCAUUUAGCGUACUUAUCGCGGGUUGGAACUGUGCGAGUCUCCGGCACCU